CCGCAGUCUCUGGUCAUCCCCUGUACUAUGUCUGCAGUCUCUGGUCAUCUCCUGUACUGUGUCCGCAGUCUCUGGUCAUCCCCUGUACUGUGUCCGCAGUCUCUGGUCAUCCCCUGUACUGUGUCCGCAGUCUCUGGUCAUCUCCUGUACUAUGUCUGCAGUCUCUGGCCAUCCCCUGUACUUUGUCCGCAGUCUCUGGUCAUCUCCUGUACUUUGUCUGCAGUCUCUGGUCAUCCCCUGUACUGUGUCUGAAGUCUCUGCCUAGGUGCGUCUUAUUGAGCGGAUAAUACGGUAUUUUAUAAUUAAUGAU